AUGUCAAAUACAUACCUAAACUACUUCGAGUCAACGAAUCGAAUCCUUCAUAUACCAACUUACUGGGCCGAGUACAAGAAAUAUUGGAAUGAUCCGCAAAGCGCUUCGACUGAGCUGCGUCUCAAACUUCUUUUGGUGAUUGGGAUAGGGUCAAGUAUCUACUGGUCAACUACCUACCGGUUAGCUAUCUCCCGAGAGGAUGAAGCAUGUGAAUUUCACAAAAGGGUUCACCGCUGGGUAUAUGCUGCUCAGGCGUGGCUUGCGGGGCCACUUGAAAAAGACCGACUGAGUGUCUCUGCCCUACAAAUUGACUGCCUGACAGUUUUGGCGCGCCAAAUAUUCUCCAUCGGUGCCGACCUUGUCUGGACUUCCAUGGGAUCACUUAUCCAUAAGGCUAUGCAGAUCAAUCUGCAUCGUGACCCCAAGCAUCUCUCGGGUAUCUCGGUCCUACAAGCCGAGGUACGUAGAAGGCUAUGGGCAACUAUUGUUGAAAUGACGGUGCAGGCGUCUUUGGAUUCAGCAAUGCAACCUGGAAUUCCUGAGUCUGACACUGAACCUCCUUCGAACCUUGACGACGCAGAAAUGGACGAGACCAGCAAGAGUCUGCCAUUUCACCCGCGAAGCACUCAUACUCUUACCUCGAUGCAACUUCUUCUGCUUGACUCGCUUCCGGUUCGACUCCGUAUAGUAAAGCUAUUGACCAAUUUGAAAUCAGAGAUCUCAUACUUGGACGUCAUCGAAUUAAGCUCAAAGCUCACUGACGCCUGCUGCGCAUGCAGUACAUACUUGAAAGAGAAUUCCGAGCUCAGCAUCCCAAGAUUCAAUCGAAACCUCAUUGACUAUCUUGUGCGUCGGUUCAUGAUACCCCUGCACUGCUUGUUCACCACUACAGCUCGAGAAAAUCCAUUUUUCUCCUUCUCAUUGAAGGCCAGCAUGGAAGCAGCCACGACCAUCCUAUCACCAGAGCCUGAUAUGUGCUUCGAUAUUCUCAUGGCAAUGGGCGGGGGUCUAUUCAGAGAGGGAAUAUGGUGUGCUAUGACGGUUAUCAGCAUCGAGUUGCUGGCACAAGCAGAAUCCCAGCGACUAGACGGCACUCUACUCCGAAAUCGGGGAUACAUCGGGUUUCUCAAACAGAAUGUCAGCAAAAUGCUCCCAUUCGCCACUGAGAGAAUUCGACAAGGCGAGACAAAUAUCAAAUGCCAUAUGUUUUUGGAGAUGAUUCUCGCUCAUGUUAAUGCGAUAGAGACGGGGGGUGACCAUGAAUUGAGCAUAGCGGAGGGUGCGAAGGCUAGCCUUGAAUUCUGCCUCGGGAUUUUGCAGAAGCGCGCUGAACAAGGUUCCUUAGCGAGCCCCAUGGACAUAAGUCUUCCAUCUGGAGGUCCUGAUGACGGUUUGGGAGAAUCGGGAUCUUUGUUUGACUUGGGCUUGGACUGGGAUUUCCUUUUGCCAGAUGCGGGUCUCGCUUGA